UCAUUGAAAGCUUCAGUGACCGAUGUUUAUCCAAAACCCGGAAGUGUAUGUAUGUGUGCUGUGUAUACCAGAGUCAUACCGUUCAGUAACUUCUGUUUUAUAAGGUAAAUAUUUGUAUCUCCACUAUAAUAAUUUCCCAAGUUGCGAGACGAUGGGGACGGACUCUAGCGACCCAAUUAUUUUCAUAGACAGCUGGUCGCCCAUGGAUACGUCGGACCCGAGGGAGGGCACCGCCAGCCCAGACGAAUUUAACGAGGAGGACAACUCUGAGGACAGCGAGACUGUGGCCAAGACUUGCACCUACGAGGGCUGCACAGAGACUACAACCCAGAUAGCUAAACAAAGGAAACCUUGGAUGUGCAAAAAGCACCGCAACAAAAUGUACAAGGACAAGUACAAAAAGAAGAAAAGUGACCGGGCCACCACCAGCACCAGCCAGCCAGAAGACAGUACAGAUGGUACAGUUCCUGCCGCUAAACAACGUGUGGGUUCCCCAGGUGAUCGCCCAGCAAGACCGUCUCUUCUGGAGCAAGUGUUAAACCAGAAAAGAUUAUCUCUUCUCAGAAGUCCCGAUGUUGUCCGCUUUCUGCAACAACAGCAGCGGAUGCUCAGUGAACAAGCACAGCAACGGAAGCAUCAGCAGUUUCAAGGGGCACCGGUGUGACUGUAGAACAGACCAACUUCAGGCAUGUGAACGAGUGUUGUAGCUGCAAAAAACAGAAUCCUGUAUAUAGGGUGCCAUCGGUCGAUGUAGCAUUGCUACAUUUCUAAAAAGAAUGGAUUGUACAUGAUUGAAGCUUAUAUGUUGCAAUAAGCUCAGGGUCAUGUAGAAUAGUGAAUCCCUUCCGUGUUUGUAUAUGCUACGUAUUUGAAGGGAAUGUGUUUUGUGUUGCUUGUCCUUGUACAACACUUUGGGAGAAGCGUGUGCAGUAAGGUAGCAUUUGGACUUUGAGGAUAGUACCAAAUUUCUUCGUUAUCUGACACACUAGACUAGUGAUGAAAGUCCCAGCAGUAGUUCAGUGUUAACUUUGUCCAAAUAUGCAAGGCCAGUAAUAAAGUGUGUGUUAGUGAAAGUGAGUAAAGGUUAAUGUCAAUGCUUAAUAUCAUUUGCCUGCAUGUCAUGUGUAUGUCUGUCUGUAUUGAGAAUUGUGAAAUGGCAGACAUGCUGCAAUUUCUUUGCAGAUCCCUGGGUCAUACACUGAGACAGAAGCCUAUAUAAGCCUUCUCGCCACCCCCCAGAAAAAAAUUUGAAACCUUAAUGAGGUUCGGACAGCUGUUGCAGUUAGGUUAAACAUGAUGGCACGAUUGUGAACGUAGUGGGAACAUUUUGUGGUACUGUGUGCCAUUUACUUGUAUCUUUUUUGGAACUGUUGCCAACGUUUGCCAUGCACAAUAACAUAACCAAGAGCUGAAACAAGUAAAAGGACUGGACAUUGUUACCUCUUAUUUCGGCACAUUUUUGAAUUUGAGUAUUUAAAGUGUAGAGCUGAGACUCCAUUUUCUUCUAGCACUGUUAUUUGAAGGUGUGGCCAGAAGUGAAGCAUUGCAGAAUAACUUUAAAUGCUUUUAACUGUUUUGUUAAGAGAAUUCUGUACAGAAUAAAAAUAUCCCAAACCACUGUGUAGUGCUUAA